UAGAAUUGUUUUCGGUUGGUAGGGUAGUUAUCUCUAAAACGACCGUUAGAAACCACUCCUACUACUACUAGCUGCUUUUGAUAAAUUUUCUGACUGAAAAGUAGAGCUCAGGACCUGAGCGGAGUGGGAGUUGGAACUAGGAAGAAAUGGCGAUUGCAUUUGCGGUGGCUGUGGGAAGGCCCACCUCUUCUAUGCUCAUGACAAGAUGUAGAGCUAAGUGGGUCUCUACUCCUUCGGCUCUUUCGUAUUCCUCUUCCUCUUCUUCUUCUCCUCCCCCUCCUCGAAAGCUCGUCCUUUACUCAAAGCCCGGGUGCUGUUUGUGCGACGGUCUCAAAGAAAAACUUCAGGCUGCCUUCUUAUUGUCUGGUCCAGAUUCUCUCAACGACAUCGAUUUGCAGAUAAGGGAUAUUACCAGUAAUCCUGAGUGGGAGAAAGCUUACCAGUAUGAGAUACCCGUGUUAGCUAAACUUCUCCCUGAUGGAACGGAGGGGAGGUCCUGCGGAAAAAUAGCUCAACGCCAGGAUGAUGAAAAGCUACUCAUCAUUGGUUUUUGCAUCAACUUGACAUUAAAAAUGCUUUGCUUCAUGGAGAUCUUGAGGAAGAAGUGUAUAUGUUGAUGACAUCGUUAUUACUGGCAAUGAUACUCAAGGCAUCUCAUUCCUUAAGUCUUUCAUUCAUACCCAAUUUCACAUGAAGGAUUUAGGGGAGCUCAAGGAUUUCUAGGGUAUUGAAGUUACUUGUAGUAAAUAAUGUAUUUUUCUGUCUCAAAAGAAGUAUGUACUUGAUUUGUUAACUGAGACAGGAAAAUUGGGAGCACAACCUUGUAAUGCUCCAAUAAAUCCAGCUGUGCAUCUUACACGUGAUGGGAAACCAUUUGAAGAUCUUGAAAAAUAUCGUAGAUUGGUUUGAAAGUGGAAUUAUUUACCUGUGACUCGUCCAGAUAUUGCAUCCCAGUUAGUGUCAUUAGUCAAUUUAUGUCUUUUCCAACAAUUCAUCAUUGGGCAACACUAGAGCAAAUUUUAUGUUACUUAAAAGGAGCACCAAGACGAGGUAUAGUUUACAAGAAUCAUGGACAUACCUAGAUUGAGUGUUUCUCUGAUGUAGAUUGGGCAGGCUCCAAGGUAGAUAGACGAUCCACUUUAGGAUAUUGUGUAUUUGUUGGGAGCAAUCUGAUCUCUUAAAAGAGUAAGAAUCAAAAUGUUGUGUCUAGAUCCAGUGCUGAAUCAGAAUAUAGAGCUAUGACACAGUCUGUGUAUGAGGUAAUAUGAAUUUAUUAGCUUUUGACUGAAUUCGGGUUUAAGACUUUUUUUCCAACAAAAUUGUGGUGUGAUAUUCUUGCAUUCAAAAGUAGCAUUUUGUUGGGGAGUAUCAACACAUGAACUCUGGUGAAUGAUACAUUUUUGAGACAGGUAGGGUCCUAAUAAAAUAUUUGGUGCCAUUAUUGAUUUUUAGCACACGAAUAGACGUCUGAAAUUGUGUCUAAAUCAUGACAUGAAAGGUUUGAAACACAUGAUAUCAGAUUUGUGUUUGAGUAGAUAGACCCAAGUAAGACGUGUGUGAUCAUCAAUAAAUGCAAUGAACCAGCAAAUCAGGGAUACAUGAGAGGUGGUUACCUUUGAAGGUCUCCAUAGGUCACUGUGGUCUAAAGAGAAAGGGUUGGUUGGUGUAUACCAUUUUGGAGGAAAAAUAGCCCGUGUAUGCUUAGCUAAUUGACCUAUAUCACAUUGUAAUGAAUCAAAUGUAUGAUUGACAAAUAACGAUGGAAACAAAUGUUUUAAAUAUAAAAAAUUUGGAUGUCCAAGUAAAAAAUGCCAUAACAUAAGUUUAUCAAUAGAAACAGAAUUUAAAAUAGGAAGAGAUUAUUAGAUAAAUUAGAAGUCGAAUAAGGGAAACUAGGUUGUUGUAUUAUUUAUUGACGAUUUUCAAAGAAAUAAUGGCCACAUGAAGGGCUGAUUUGAGAAUCAUUGGACAAUUUAAUGGUACCAAUUCCUGCAAUAGGGGAAAGCGUGCUAUUUGCUAUUCUGACACUAGAACGCUUAGGAGACGGAGUAUUAUGAUUCACACAAAAUAUAAGCUUGUCAUAUGAUCAAAAGCACCUGGAUCAAUAAUCCAUAAUGUUUGAGAGUCUUUUUGGGUAGAAGAAAAAUUACUAGAGUGUACAACUGAGCAAGAUGCACUAUGUGAUCCCAAACUAGAUAAAGAUUUUCGGGAUGAUUGAUUCAAAAGAGCAUGUAAAUGGUGAAGUUGUUCCUUGUUGAAUUGAGAUGAUGCAUUAAGUGGUAGAAUUUUAGGGUUAUUUGUGUCCCGAGCUUGAUAUGCCUUGCAAUCAUUAGGACGUCGAGGAGUCUAGAUGACUGGUUUUCCAUGUAUUUCCCAACAAGUAGAGCGAGAAUGUCCUUGAUGCUGAUAGUGAUCACACCGUGGAUUUUUACCCUUCCAAUUUAGCCGAGGGUCAAGAUGAGGCUUAUUAUUCGAUGGAUGUUUGUACUUAUUGGAAGCGAGGGCUGACUUUCAGACAUUUGAGAAUUUUUAGCCUCUGAAUUAGUGAGCAUAACACGGCGUCGGCGACGAGAUUCUUCACGACGAACUUCAAAGAAGGCUUCCUCGGUGUCAAGAAAUGGUAAGCGACCAACCAAAUGUCCACGUACUUCAUCAAGAUUAUUAUUUAACCCAGUAAGAAAUUUGAAAACACGUUCUUUUUCCAACUGUUUUCGGUGUAUAAUACUACAACUAGGACAAAGAGGCAUUGUCUCGAGAUACAAAUCGAGUUCUUGCUACAAGAGUUCUUGCUACAAAUCUUGUAAGUCUAAGAAAUAUUGAGUGACAGUACUAUUACCCUGUUUGAUUUCAAUGAGUUUUGUUUGAAUCUCAAAUAUUUGUGAUGCAUUCCCAAUGUCAGAAUACAUUUUUCGAGCAACAUUCCACACUUCUUUAGCCGUUUUGUAAAACAGAUACUUGCGACUGAUUUUUGAAUCCAUAGAAUUAAUAAGCCAAGCAAGUACAAUUGAAUUUUCAGCCUGCCAUACCUUAUAGAGUGGAUCAGUUAUAGAAGGUGUGGGAAGAUCAACGAUAAUGUAGCCGAGUUUGUCGCGACACAUACGACAAUUUUGACAAAUUGAGCCCACUGCAAGUAAUUUUUCCCUUCAAGUUUAUGAGUUGUUAUCUGGAUGGAACCAUUGUCAUGACUUUAGAGAGUGUUGGAGUUGUCGGGGACUGAGUUGUUGCUUCACUGGGCUGGAAGAGGUAUCUUCACUGGUCGACAUCCUAAAAAAGAACAGAGAAACGUGAAGUGUGACAUUAAGUGUGUGAUUGGGUCCUUGAGCUUUUUCUGCGCCAAGUCAUAGGUCUGAUAGAAAUAAGGAAAGUCGACUGCCGUGUGCCUGGUCAGAGACGUGCGACUAGUCUUCGUGUUAUUGGAGUGUUGCCUGAGAUUUCUUGAAUGAUUGUCGGAAAAAAUGGUGUUGGGUGAUUGAGAACUUUCAGAGAUAAGAAACGUUUGACACCAUAAUGAUAUAUUUGAGUUUUUAAUAUUUUGAUAUAUUUUAUUUGUCAACAUAACAGAAUGCAUUUAUAGGUAUUAGGGUAUAUAAUACAAUAAAUAAAAAACAAUACCAAUCCUAUAAAUUAAGAAACUAGAUAUACAUUGAAUAAAUUAAAGUAGAUAACCAAAAUGUCAGGCGUUUGAUUUCUCGAUUUUCUAUUGUAGACAAUAGUGAAUCGAAUUGUGUAUUGUAUUUCGUAGAAUAGUACAUAUUUAUAUACAAAGCUAGGAGACUCAAAGGGAAACUACUAAAAUACAAGUUACCCUAUUUCUUUACAACUAAUAUUCUAACACUCCCCUCAUGCUGGAGCAUAGAUGUUAAUUAUGCACAACUUGUUACAACGAUAAUCAACUCGCACCCCAUUCAAAGCCUUUGUAAAAAUAUGUCCUAGUUGUUCUCAGGUCUUCACAUAUCCUGUGGAGAUCAAACCUUGUUGAAUUUUCUCACGAACAAAAUGACAAUCAGUGUCAAUGUGCUUAGUUCGCUCGUGGAACACGAGAUUUUAGGCAAUAUGAAGAGCAGCUUGAUUAUCACACCACUAUUUUGCUAGAAUAGAAGUCUUAAACCCAAAUUCAGUCAAAAGCUCAGAAAUCCAUAUUAGCUCACACAUAGACUGUGCCAUAACUCUAUAUUCUGAUUCAGCACUGGAUCUAGACACAACAUUUUGUUUUUUACUCUUCCAAGAGAUCAAAUUGCCCCCAACAAAUACAUAAUUUCCUGAAAUGGAUCGUUUAUCUACCUUGGAGCCUGCCAAAUCUGCAUCAGAGAAACACUCAAUCUGAGUAUGUCCAUGAUCCUUGUAAAUUAUACCUUGUUCUGGUGCUCCUUUCAAGUAACAUAAAAUUUGCUCCAGUGCUGCCCAAUGAUGAAUUGUUGGAGAAGGCAUAAACUGACAAAUGACACUAACCGGGAAUGCAAUAUCUGGACGAGUCACAGUUAGAUAAUUCAAUUUUCCAACCAAUCUGCAAUAUUUCUCAGGAUCUUCAAAUGGUUCCCCAUCACGUGUAAGAUGCAUAGCUUUAUUCUAGUAUUGCCCAAUGAUGAAUUGUUGGAGAAGACAUGAACUGAUUAAUGACACUAACCGGGAAUGCAAUAUCUGGACGAGUCACAGUUUGAUAAUUCAAUUUUUCAACCAAUCUGCGAUAUUUCUCAGGAUCUUCAAUUGGUUUUCCAUCACAUGUAAGAUGCAUAGCUGGAUUCAUUGGAGCAUUACAAGGUUUUGCUCCCAAUUUCCUGUCUCAGUUAACAAAUUAAGUACAUACUUCCUUUAAGACAGAAAAAUACCUUGUUUACUCUGAGUAAUUUCAAUACCCAAGAAAUACUUGAGCUCUCCUAAAUUUUUCGUGUGAAACUAGGUAUGAAUGAAAGACUUAUGAGAUGAAAUGUCUUCAGUAUCAUUUCCAGUAAUAAUGAUGUCAUCAACAUACACCACUAACAAAAUGAUACCAGCAGUUGAUCUUUUAUAAAACACAGAAUGAUUUGACUUACUUUUCAACAAACUAAAUUUUUCAACAGCCCAACUAAAUUUACCAAACCAAGCACAAGGGCUUUGUUUCAAUCCAUAUAAAGAUUUGC